CCUGCGUGCGCAUUUGUUAUUCAACCGACUGACAGGUGAAGCUAACACCUUUAGCUAUUCAACCAGAAAUUAACGUCUUAUCUAAUGUUGUUUUAUCUUUUAUAAUGUCGGAUGCCUUGCUUCGGUGGUGUGUGGACCAGCUUCACCACAACUUUGGGUUGGAGGCCAAUGACGACAUAGUCCAAUAUAUUCUGUCCAUCAACAAUGCUGAUGAGAUUGCAGAGUAUGUCGGGGACCUCCUUCAGGGCACUGAUGGAAGGAAGAAGCAGUUUAUAGAUGAGCUCCUGGAUAGAUGGCAGCGGUCUCAAAAACAGACGCCUGACAGUGUUGGCCUGUUCCCCAUGACCUCUUUGUCAGGAGCAGAUGUUCCAGACAUGUCUAAGGACUCCCAGAAAAAAUCAAAGCGCAAAGGCAGGAACAAGCAGGAGGUGGUGGCGGUUAGCCCAGCAGAGCCGGAGCAGCAGGUGGUGAAAACUCCCAUUGACCUAAUGAAGGCCCAGGAGAGUGGUGGCUCCUCAUUGCAAAAGAAGAAAAAUAAGUUUGUGAGCCUCUACAACAAGGAGGGCCAGGACCGACUGGGUAUCCUGCUACCAGGUCGCCAUUCCUGUGAGUGUCUGGCCCAGAAGCACAGCCUGGUUAACAACUGCAUGUGUUGUGGACGCAUCGUGUGUGCCCAGGAGGGGUCCGGGCCCUGCUUCUUCUGCGGCAGCUUGGUAUGCACCAAAGAGGAGCAGGAGAUUCUGCAGCGAGACUCCAACAAAAGUCAGAAACUGCGCAAGAAACUCAUGGAGGGGGCAUCUGAGAGGGACUGUCUUCCACAUACAGAAGCUAAGAUGAAGGCAGGGUUGGAAAAGGCCCUGGAACAUAAAGACAAACUGUUGGAAUACGACAAGAACAGUACACGACGAACCCAGGUCCUGGAUGAUGAGUCCGACUAUUUUGCCACCGACUCCAACCAGUGGCUGUCACAGAGUGAGCGCGAGCACCUACGAAAGAAGGAGGAAGAGCUACGGGAACUUCGCCAUGCCUCCAGGAAGGACAGGAAGAUCACGCUGGACUUUGCAGGCCGACGGGUGCUGGAUGAGGAAGAUAAUCUCAACCAUUACUACAACAAAUUUGAUGAGACGGUGAAGGCCCUCAACACGGGCACCAAGGUGAGGUCCCCACAACGCUCUGAAGGACCAGGGGGACGGCAGCACCUGAGAGAACUGGUCAACCCCAACAUCGGACAGGCAGCCCCGGAGUGGGUGGAUGUGGGUGGUGGCGUCCGAAGGGCCCAUGAGAAGGGUGUCGGGACGGAGAGGGGAGCUGCAGACACCGAGCGCUCCAGGAUCCGUCUGCAGGACCGAGAGCUGCAGGAGAUGGCCGAUGGAGGAUGGUGUCUCAGCAUGCACCAACCAUGGGCCUCGCUCUUAGUCAAAGGCAUUAAGAAGGCGGAGGGGAGGAGCUGGUACACUUCCCAUCGGGGUCGUCUGUGGAUAGCAGCUGCUGCCAAGAAGCCAGAACCUGAGGAGACCAAGCAGGUGGAGAACAUGUACAGACAGAUCUACAAGACAGAGCCUAAGUUUCCUGACGACUACCCGACCGGCUGUCUGCUGGGCUGCGUCCACGUGGCUGACUGUCUGCCUCAGGAGCAGUACAAGGACCAGUUUCCUCAGACCUGUGAGGAGUCUGGCUCUCCGUUUGUCUUCGUCUGCACCAACCCGCAGGAACUGGUGGUGAAAUUCCCCAUGAAAGGAAAGCACAAGAUCUUCAAGCUGGAGAGUCGGUAUCACAGGGGUGCCAAGCUGGGGCUGGUUCAGUCGGUGGACGUGUGACGGAAGAGAGGACGACACAGAAUUCAAAGUGCGGACAAGCUAGAUGAGAGGCUGAGGUUGAUGUUGGCCAACGUGGGUCCCAUACUGACAACCGUUUAGCGAGAGUUUUGGGUGGAAAGUUACUGCCCAAGGUCUCCACAUUCUACUGUGGAGUGUGCUCUUGAACUAUUUCUGCAAUAAACAAUGUCUAAAUUUG